AUGGUUGCCCACAUCUCAAAGGUUUUCUCUCUGCUCACUGUGGUUUCUGCUCCUCUGCUUUUCUUUGGUCUUGAGAGAUUUAUGAGGGAAGGUUUGGUGAUACUCCGAUUGCUCUGGUUCAGCAGGACGGCGUUUUUGAGGACCCUAACGGAAGAAAAUAGACUGCAGAAGAGCAGAAUUACAUGGUGGGAGAGGGAGGGAAGCACGAGCCCACCAGGUGUGACGGCGAGGAAGCCCGUGGACGAAGAUGAGACGCCUCUGCCGCUCCUCUCCAAGAAAGGCUUCAAGACUCUUCCUCUGUGGGAUUUUGAGGAUAUUUAUAACGAGGAUGCUGACCCUCUACCGGACACGUGCGCCGACUCCCUGCGGAAAUCAAAAGAUGAGAACUUCACCAAGGCUUUCAUCCCCAACAUACGCUUGUUCUCCCACAAAGACAACAUCAACAUGAGCGAGUGGAACCGACUGUCACACUUCAACAAUCCCUAUGGCUUCAUGGGGUUCAAGUACAACGAAGUGAUGCCCGCACUCAAACUGAUCCCGAAGCCCGAAGGGCCGAUGCUGCUUCCGAAGCCAGGCGGUGACGGCUGCAUACGCUGCGCCGUGGUGGGAACCGGAGGAAUCCUCUACGGCUCAAAAAAGGGGGCGGAGAUCGACGCCCACGACUACGUUUUUAGGAUGAACGGUGCAAUAAUCAAAGGCUUCGAGGAGGACGUAGGAAGCAGGACCUCGGUCUACAUUCACUCGGCACACUCCAUCACCAAAUCGCUUCUCUUGCUCAAGAAAUACGGAUACAAAUCUGCCCCUCAUGACGAGGGUAUAAAGUAUGUGAUGAUGCCCGAGGGGAAGAAAGACUUUCAGUGGCUUGAGGGUCUCUUCAAAGGAGAACGGAUCUCAACAGGACCAUAUCGUAACAGAGAUCCGAGAAUGUACUAUUCAGGGCAGUACGACGAACAACGUUUCUAUGUGCUGCACCAGGACUUCCUCCGAUAUCUGCGCAACAGGUUUUUAAAUUCACCAAGGCUGAACAGCACUCUCUGGAGGAAACACAGACCGACGAACGGGGCAUUCACUCUCUUCCUGGCUCUGCAAACCUGCCACAAAGUCAACGUUUACGGGUUCAUCACUGACGACUAUGAGAAAUAUGCCAGCUACUAUGUCCACAAGAACACGAAAAGUGAAUUCUUCUUCCGCAUGAGCCACGACUUCUUCAUGGAGAAGGAGCUGUGGAAGCACUUUCACAACAGCAAAAUAAUCAAGCUCUAUCAACGAAACGAGCCGAAAACUGGGGGAUGCUCCAGCUUCCAGUGA